ACCUUGUCUUCUCCUUACCGACUCGUUCAUCAUGGGCAAAUCCAAGAAAAAGCAAGCCAAGGAACCAGAGCCGGAAGUUUUUCACGUUGAAUGCAUUCUGGCUGCAAGAGUAGAAGAUUCCGGAGAUUGGGAGUACCUCGUCAAAUGGGGAGGCUAUGGCGAUGAAGACAAUACUGGUGUUGCAAACUGCCAGGAACUACUACAACGAUUCUGGGAGCAUGUUGGCAUGGACAAUGAAGACUAUCAAGUCGGUUAUGAAAUACAUGCGAAGGAGAGUUAUAUAAAGCAAGAAAAGGCCCAGUUCAAGAAGAAAUUUGGCAAGGAAAUCGAGAGAGAGAAAGGGCUUGAUAGAAAGAGCGAGGAUGCUUAUUUGCCCAAAACGAAAUUCGAGCGCAAAAAAGGUUCACAGAAGAAGAACAACUCUCUCAAAGGGAAGGGUAAACAGAAGGCGCAGAGGGUACUGUUGAGCGAUUCGUCUGAAGACGAUACACCGCUUAGUAGUACGUCUAAACCCCCGACGACGGGAACGAAGCGAAAGAGGAGUCCAUCUACGCUAUCCUCCGACUCUGAUAAACCUCUGUUCAAGAAAGCAGCCAGUUCUCAGCCUGAGAGAGACAUCAAGGGGAAAGGCAAACAAAAAGAGCUUUCUACUGCUUCCGAGAAGGACAAUGCAACAUCACUAUUUUCUGACCGAGAGUCCUCUCCCGACAUCGCCCCUAAAUCUAAGGUUGGGAAGGCCGCAUCGUCAAAACCCGAUUUACACAUCCAGACGGCGUUCAACUCAAAAGAACCUGAUCCGAUGCCUCCUUCUGCGGCUGAUCUUUUUCCGCUCAAAAGUGCUGUUAGCCAAACAGCCUCUCAGCCAACACCUGACGUUCCCCAAGUGCCUACACCAACAACUGCACAAGCUUCGACGCCAACAACUGCACAAGUUUCGACUACCCGCGACUGCACAAGCUCCGACACCCACAAUUUCUCAGAAAAAGCCGCACAUCUCAUCCUACAAAGCUCCGCCGCGGAUACAAAUGAUUGACAUUCCUGGAAAGUCUGAUGGCUUAGGGAUCUCAGUGAAACAACGAUUAUCCCAGAGUACCUUGACGCCUACGAAUCCGCAGGCCAGUACAAAACCUCCUCUUCCGUCAAGGAAGGACUCUGCCUUAAGCAAGCUUAGCUUCAAACGUAUGCCUGCUGCCCCACCUGCUCCUGUAAACCAACAUACAGCUACUUCCUCGAGGCCGAGUAUAAUAGGACCGAAGGACAACCAUCCCA